AUGACUUGGUCCGAGAACCAGCGGGUCUCGGACAUAACGUCCGGUAUAGAAAACGGGUGGAUCGGCUUGUUCAGAGAUCCUGAGCUUUGCUGGUCUGAUGGGAGCAGCUUCUAUCAGGGUUCAGUCCCGUUUGGCUCAGUGACAGUCUUGUGUGGUUACACAUCUCUGUACCGAGAGAUGAAAUGGAUGCUCAUGAGACGUCAAGUUAAGCUUCCGUCUGUGUGCUACAGCCUCCAAGGGUGGCUCAUCCUCCCCGUCUGCCCCCUCCGUCACUACUACUUUGUCGACAAGCCUUUGACUUGGAGUGAAGCUCAGACCUACUGCAGACAGAAAUACACAGAUCUGGUCACCAUUGAAAACGCGGCAGUGAUGAGUCAAAUCCAGGAACUGGUGUCAUCUUCUCAUCACAACACCGGCUUCUGGAUCGGUCUGUACAGUACAAUCAACUGGAAGUGGUCGGACGGGUUGGCAGGGAGCGGAGCCAACUACCGGAACUGGAGCAGCAAAGGACACGUAUUUGCCAUGAAUAGAUUCUGCGUGUAUUCAAAGCAUUCAGCGUGGUUCACUCGUGACUGCGGAGCACUUCAAUAUUUUGUCUGCCAGAACACCACAGGAAUCCAAGAGAAUCGGCAGUUUGUUCGCGUGACGACGCCCAUGAACUGGUCCACUGCGCAGGCGUACUGCAGGGAGAACUAUGCCGACCUGGUGACUGUGACCAGCGCCGACGAGAACCAGCAGGUCUGGAAGCUACUGGCCCAUUUGGGAUUUGUAUGGCUCGGCUUAUUCAGAGAUCCUGAGCUUUACUGGUCUGAUGGGAGCAGCUUCUCCUGGUCCAACUUCAUUCCAUUUGGAACCUUAAUGGGCUGGCAGACAGUCUUGUGUGCUUUCACGUCUGUGAAGGAAGAGAUGCAAUGGAGGCUCAAGAGCUGUGAAGCAAGGUUACCGUUUGUGUGCUACAGCCCUCAUGUCACAAGGCAGGUGGUGAAGCUGAGGAUCGAACUGGACGACUCCUCUGUGGAUCUGAACAACCCUGCCGUCAAAGAAGAACUCCUGAAGAAGCUGCAGGCCAGGCUGGAGGAGGACGGAGUGAGCGGAGCCGCCCUGAAGUGGAGACAACAGCCUGACGGGAAAGUGUUCCACAAGGAGGAGGAUGAAGGAAACCCGCCUGCAUGUUAG